AUGGGAAAGGAAAAGACACAUAUUAACGUCGUUGUCAUCGGACACGUCGACUCCGGAAAGUCCACCACCACUGGUCACUUGAUCUACAAGUGCGGAGGAAUUGACAAGCGUACCAUCGAGAAGUUCGAGAAGGAAGCUGCCGAACUCGGAAAGGGUUCCUUCAAGUACGCAUGGGUUUUGGACAAGCUCAAGGCUGAGCGUGAACGUGGUAUCACCAUCGACAUUGCUCUCUGGAAGUUCGAGACUCCUAAGUACUAUGUUACUGUCAUUGAUGCCCCUGGUCAUCGUGAUUUCAUCAAGAACAUGAUUACUGGUACUUCCCAAGCUGAUUGCGCUGUUCUCAUCAUUGCUGCUGGUACUGGUGAGUUCGAGGCUGGUAUCUCCAAGGAUGGUCAAACCCGUGAGCACGCUCUUCUUGCCUACACCCUUGGUGUUAAGCAACUCAUUGUUGCCAUCAACAAGAUGGACACCACCAAGUGGUCCGAGGAUCGUUACCAAGAAAUUAUCAAGGAGACCUCCAACUUCAUCAAGAAGGUCGGAUACAACCCAAAGACCGUUCCUUUCGUUCCUAUCUCCGGUUUCAACGGUGAUAACAUGAUCGACAACUCCACCAACUGCCCAUGGUACAAGGGUUGGGAGAAGGAAUCCAAGGCUGGCAAGUCCACCGGAAAGACUCUUCUUGAGGCCAUCGAUGCUAUCGACCCACCUUCCCGCCCAACUGACAAGCCCCUCCGUCUCCCACUCCAAGAUGUUUACAAGAUUGGUGGUAUUGGAACGGUGCCAGUCGGUCGUGUUGAGACCGGUAUCAUCAAGGCCGGUAUGGUCGUUACCUUCGCCCCAGCUGGUGUCACCACUGAAGUCAAGUCCGUCGAGAUGCACCACGAACAACUCGUUGAGGGUGUUCCAGGUGACAACGUCGGUUUCAACGUCAAGAACGUUUCCGUUAAGGAAAUUAGACGUGGUAACGUUGCUGGUGACUCCAAGCAAGACCCACCUAAGGGUGCUGAGUCCUUCAACGCUCAAGUCAUUGUUCUUAACCACCCUGGUCAAGUCGGUGCCGGUUACGCUCCAGUCUUGGAUUGCCACACUGCCCACAUUGCUUGCAAGUUCUCUGAGCUCCUCCAAAAGAUUGAUCGUCGUACCGGUAAAUCCAUUGAAGACUCUCCAAAAUUCAUCAAGUCUGGUGAUGCUGCUAUCGUCAAGAUGGUUCCAUCCAAGCCUAUGUGUGUUGAGGCCUUCACUGAGUACCCACCUCUCGGACGUUUCGCUGUCCGUGAUAUGAGACAGACAGUGGCAGUAGGUGUGAUCAAAUCUGUGGAGAAGCAAGAAAAGGCCGGUAAGGUUACCAAGGCUGCCGUCAAGGCUGGUGCAAAGAAAUAA